UGUAAUCACACGUGUUCGUAGGCUUCCAUUCCUGAGAAACGAAAGCGAAGGACCGUUUGUUAAAGUGUCACACCUGAACUACACGCUACAACGGGACGGUGAACCUAUAAAGCUGCGUGGCCAACAUCUUAUCACUUACACCAGAGAAGCCAAAGCAGCAUCAACAGCAAGAACCAGCCACACUAACUUGUUGAAACAGCUGAAUGAUGAGUGCUGAUCAGAGUCAAACAACACUGAGGUCCAAACUGGAGGCCCUGCAGUGUCAUUUUACCUGGAUUCUGGAGCCCAGCAAGAUCAACCUUGUACUUCACCGCGACAAGCUGUUGGAGAUCGGCACGGAGGAAGGAAACAGCUGGCUGGGUCACAUCUACAACCUGAGGGGCUUCAUUCAGUGCAAGCUGGGCUCCACCGAAGACGCCCUGAGUUUCUUCCUCCAGGCUGCAGAGGCCUUCGGCCAGAUGAGAAGGGCAGGUGAAGGUCCCUGGUUGGUGGUGAAUUACGGGAACCUGGCUUGGCUGCACCACCUCCUGGGACACCAAGCAGAGAGCGAGGCUUACCUUUCAAAGGUUGACGCCCUAAAGAAGAAAUACCCAACUCCAUCAGAGGACGAGCUCCAUGCAGAACUCUACGCUGAAAAAGCCUGGACCCUGAUGAUCCUCGACAUAGAACGAGAGCUGGUGUCAGAUUACUUCCAGAAAGCCAUCACGAUGCAGCCAGACAUGGUGGAGUGGAACACCAGUCACGUCAUCGGGUUAGCGAGUAAUUUUGUUCGAGGCAGCACAAAGAUGGAGGCUGACAUCUUGGAUAAAAUGAGAGACGCCAAGGAACAGGAUCCAGAGAACUUGUACCUCGCUGCUUGCGACAUUCAGAUACGUGCAAUGAAAGGGCAAGACGUUGCAGACGAAGCACGUGAGUUAGCCGAAAGGGUUUCAAUAAACCCCGUCAGCAGCUACAGUCAGAUGAGAGCAAUACUUAGGGUUUACAGAACCUGUAGAUUGAUUGAUGAGGCCAUUCUUUUGGCAGCAAAGGCGGUGGAAAACAAUCCAGAUCAGCGUUAUCUUAAGAAAUUUGCUGCACUAACUCUCAAAUGGAAGAUUGUUUUUUCCAACUACAGUGGCGUAGAUGAGCGCAUGGUUGACAGAGCAGUCAUUCUCCACAAGGAGGUGAUUUCUCUUUACCCAGAUUCUGCACUUGCGGAGGAAAUGGACCUCGCAAAUAUAUACGCAAAGUCCAAGCGCAGACAGGACGAAGCCAAACAUUUGUUCCAACAACUGCUAGAAAGGAAGCUGGAACCUGCAGAGAAACAGGUGCUUUACAAACAUUACGCUAAACAUCUUUUAUUUGAUCUGAAAGAUUACAACAAGUCAAUAGAAUAUAACAUGAAGGCAGCAAAGAUACCGAUAAAUUCCCUCUAUCGUGAGAGCAGCAUUAAAGCUCUGGUGAAGAUUAAAAAUAAAGGCAGGAGCCCAAAGUGCAGAGAAAUAGAGGAGUUUCUGGAAAACCUGCAAAAGCCAUAGUGGGUUGUUUUUACAACCCUGGUUCCAAAUCUGGAGGAGAUGAUGGUGUUGCAUUACCUAAAAAACACUUAGCAAUUUAUUUGUGUCCUUUAAAACAGAAGCUUUUCUGCUAGUGUUUACACUUUGGUAGUUUGUUUGCAGUACACGCGAUGUGUAUGACAAGCUGAUUAAUACAACGCUGUCCUUCAAAUAACAUCCACUGUGGACAUGUGUAAAUGUUUUGGUCAUCAUUUGAUAUCAUGGUUCAUCAAAAAAAGAUAUUGAUCAGAUGUAAUGUAUAUUAUAUUCCUGUUAUUAUGGUUUUCUCCUGUUAGCUGUGUAUUUUAAGUUCAUGUAAGAAUAUUACUAGUACUACUAGUAGCAGUAUAUGAAAUCUGCUUUGCUGUAUGACUUUGAGUAGUGGAAUAUAGAAACUAAUAAUUACGUAACAAUUUAUUUGAUGGACCCCUGUAACCUGAAUAUUACAGCCUGAUACAACUGAUUGGAUGCAUUUUAAGUAUGUAAAUCUGUAACACAAUUCCUGUGUAAAUGUAUUUUUUUCUCUUUUAGUGAGUCAUUGUAAUUAUGUGGAAGGAAGUCAAAGCAACAUGAGAAUUUGGUUGUACAGAGUAAUGUAAUAUCUACACAUGACAAUAAAUAUCUUGAAUCUAGUUAAAUCCACUUAAAAGAACUGUGUCUUAUUUGGGGGCAUUGGGGGCAAUAUGACCCUCAAAUAUAUACAUCUUUGUUCUUGAGUACUUGAGGAAUCAGUCAAACUUCUAAAAACACACAAAAAAGAAUUACGGUCUUUAUUUUAUGACAAAUGUCACGUCAGAGGGUGAAGUUCCAUCUUAACAUACAGAAACAUAUUUUUCUACUUUUACACAGAUCCAAAGAGAUCAAUGAAGGCCAGAACUUUAUGACAAUAGAGAGUACUUUUAAAUCAGAUUGAAUCCUCUCAAAUGGUUGGAACCAAAAGAUCGAGGCAGAAAGGCUGCCGAUGGGGUGAGUGAUUGGAAACAGAUGCAUUCACACUGCUGAAACCAGAGGGCUUUGCAUUGUUAAUCUCAGAGAGGUCAGUGGUCCAAGACCUAAAGUGGAAAUUACUUGAAAAAUAAAACAAAAUUAAAAAACAUCAUUGAAUUUCAAAAGAUUUAGAGGCAAGUUCACCAACAGA